GAUUUUGGUUUGAAAUUGUGUGGUUAUGUUAAUGUUGGCCUGAUGGAGAAUUCAAAACCAAAAUCAGAAGAAAAAUCAGUAAAACAUAAUGGAAAAGCGGCUAAUACUAUGUUGGAUCACUUUUCCAAUAUCACGAAUUCCCAGGAGAAUGUGCGACAAAAGAACAGUAUAAGCCUUUUGAAAUAUUUAAAUGAUAACUAUGAAAACAGCGAUGAAUUGAAAUAUGCCUUGGGACGCAUUAUUAGAGGUUUGGGUUCGUCAACAACCAGUGCCAGAACAGGAUUCUAUUCUGUUCUAGUGACAAUCCUGAAUAUGAAUGAACACAUAAUGGUGAAUUCAGUUUUUGAACAUGUAAAAAAACAUUUACAUACAGCUGGUAGUAAUAAUAAGUCAGAAAAUGCAGAUAUUUGUACAGGACAAAUUUUAGCCUAUGGAGCUCUCAUUAAAUCUAAUCUCUGGUCUAGAAGUUCAGAUGAUGAACAAAAGCAAAUUGUAGAAGGUCUAAUGAAACCAUCCAAGGAGAGAUCUUAUCUAGGACUGGUAGCAUAUCAGUUUUUGGUGCAUUUAUUUGAAAAGAUUGAUAAAAAAGGUAUGAAAAGGAUUUUUCCCAUUGUGAAAGAGGAAAUAUCUAAACCAUGGCCAGAACAAAACCUCGACACCCUCUACCUUUUAUGUUGCAUUCAAAAUAAAUAUCCUGAGCUGAUAACUAAACAGGGCUUGAGCAACACCCUUGGAACAGAGGAAGUUAUUUGUAGUGGAAGUUUGGAAAGAUUAUGCAAUGUUUUGAUGACAUUUCCAAGAAUAACUUCACUGCAACACUCUACAUAUGAAAUAAUCAUCAAUGAAGUGAGUGAAUCAUCCCUAUUGCCAGAUUUUGUUCGUCAACUCGACUCAAAACUAGACAUCCCCAAUCGAAAUAAACAAUUACUUGUCACCAAAUUACUAACACUAAUAUUAGAAAGAAUAAAAGAUAGUUCAGUCAUCCCAGAGUUACUGACGAGGAAUUUCAUCCAUCAAACACUGAACUAUUUCAAGUCUCUGGAUAGAAAAAACCAAGACCGCGAAUUCCUGCAGAUGAUAGAACUGUUCUUCAAUCAGCUACUCACAGCGUUGAAGCACGAACAGGUCAAAUCCACGACGAAGAUAGCCGUGCUGAAGAAGUUGCUGUUUUCUCCCGGAACCUUCAUCUUCGAAAAAAUAACUAGGAGCAAAAUAGUCCAACUCAUUACCCAAAGUUUGGACGCAGUAGGCGUGAAGGAUCUAGCGAUCGUCUAUAAAAGUGUUGUAGAGGGUGAAGAUAGAGUUGACAAUAAGUACAGUUUGAACGAGAAUUGGCUGAACAAUGACAAGUUAUAUGCAGCCCAUUUGUUGAUCAAGCUGCUGAAUCAUGUGGCAGUGAAAGAUCAAAAUGAUUGGAAAGUGCAGCAGCUGAUUUUCCUCAUGAAUUUGGGGUUGCUGAAGAAUGAUACUGGAAGGCAAGUAGGGAUUGAAUUGGCAGCUUCCCUAAAAAUGGCAUUUUUUGGUUCAUUGGAUUUGAAACUUUCGAAACUGGAAGACAUGCAUAGCAUUCUCACACGAUUAAUUCGUCAUUUGGAUAGCGAAAUAAGUUCCAAAAAUCUCGAGGACAUUUUGAGAGAUCCCAUCACUGAAGAAAAUUUCGAAAUUUGGCAAAAGACUACCCAAAUAAUCAACAAGCUAACUCAAAAACUCGAAAAGAAACAGAAGAAAACCAGCCUGAAAUCAGUUUUCCUCACACUCUUCCUCCAUAUGGGACUACAAGUGUUCAACGACCCUAAACUGGCAUCAGGAUCGCUCAGCGAACUUUUCAUUUGCUACGAAAAGACAAAGAAAAGCAGAAAAAAAUCCGAAGACGACACCAACAUCGACAACGUCAACGAGAGCAGUGAUCCCAUGUGGAUUGAGGUAGUUACAGAUCUAUUCCUGAACUUACUUUCGCACAACUCGCAUCUGCUGAGAAGCAUCGUCAAGUCCGUUUUUGGCCACCUUUGCCAGUACAUGACCCCCACCACCGUACAACAGCUAGUUUCGGUUUUGGAUCCCAGAAACGAGAACAACCCUCUGUCGAAGAGCGGCGACCAAAGUAGCGACGACGACGAAGAAGAAGAAGACGACGCCGACAGCUCAGACGCUGAGGAAGAAGACGCGGGAAAAGGCUCUGACGCAGACAUGGAGGAAGAAGAGGAAAUCGACGAAACUGUCAACGACAAGUUGAGGAUGGCGCUGCACCAAGCUCUAGCCACCAACGGUUAUCAAACGGACGAGGAAAGCAUCGAUAUUGACCAGAUCAGCGAUACCGAAGGAGAGAAAUUGGACAGCGCUCUAGCGGACGCCUUCAAGCAAUUCAAGCCGAAUCGCGGCAGGCGGAAGAAACAGAGCAAAGACCAGGAAACGCUGACACACUUCCGCAUAAGAGUCCUGGAUCUGAUCGAGAUCUAUCUGAACUCUGAGCCUUCCAUGCUGCUUACCUUGGAAAUAAUGCUGCCGCUGCUGCAAGCUGUCGAGUUCAGCAUAAGAGACGAACACCAAGUACCUUUGUUGAACCGACUGAAGAGCACGCUGAGGAUAUUGACCAACUUGAAGAAGUUCCAGGAUACCGAAGGUGUGAAUGAAACGGUCUUGCGGGAUUUGCUCAACAGUUUGCUAGAAAAGGGCACGAAAAACACUUGGAUAGUUCAGGACAUGGGGAUCCAAAUAGCGGAUUGUUGCAUUUACGUGAUCAGGUGCUCGAAUUAUCUGACAGCUCUGGAAGACACUCCUAAGAAGACCAAGAAGCAUUUGAGGAAAUUUCUAGCCCAGGAGAUUGGUAGAGAGCUGGAAACAUAUUUCCAUCAAGCGAAUUGUUUGACUCCUUUUGUUCUCUUCGUGAAUGUUAUGAAAUUGAAUUGGGACGGCGUUCUCAAGGUGGUCUCCUUGCUCUUGCAAUAUGUUUUUGAUGAAGAAGUGAAACCGUUCAAGAAAAAUCAGGCUUUGGAACUUCUCAAAUUGUUUUACAAUAAUAAAAGAUAUUUGAACAAUGAACCGGCCAAAAUCAAAGAGGAACUCACAGCUGACCAUGAAUGUUUUUCUGAAAAUGUUAUAAGUUUGUUGAAAUCAUUAUUGAACGAAAAUAAUGUUAAAGAUAGGUUUAUAUCGAAUCUAUUUGAUCUGUUGAGUGCAAUUAAAACUUGUGGUUUGAACAUCGACAAUAUCCAAUGGAUUGAUAUUUCUGAACACGUUCGGGAAUAUAGGAGUACCGUUUCUUUUUCAAAAGAUGCUAAAACAGCUUUUAACAAACUUUGUGCCCGCUUAGGCGUGUCUAAUAUAGUCAAGAUGAAGCAAAAGACAAAUAAACUUGUUGUUAAUGAGAACAGUGGUAGUGAACAUGCCCAGAUAAACGGGAAAAAGAAAAGUAAAAAAGGAACGAAACAUGAAAAAUUGAAACUGAAAAAAGAAGCUAAAGCAAAGAGGCUACAGAGUUUGUCACAGGGCCUCGGUCUGGAUUUCAGUACAACUAACAAUGUAGAUAUAGAAGAAAUGAAUAAUUAUGUCGAUCUGGAUGCAGCAGAUGAUGAGGACCACACAGUAGAAAAAAAUGUUACAAAUAAUGAAAGGAAGAAAAAGAAAAAAUCCCACUUCAAGAAGACUAUAGAAGAGAAGGAAACGAAGGAAGGACAUAAAAGAAAAAACGAUGAGAAUGAUUCAAGAAGUUUAUUUAAAAAAUCUAAGAAAAUAUAACAUAAGAAUUAAUAAAUUUUUCAAGAUGAUCA